CUGAAAGAAAUAUAAAACAAGUUAGGAUUUGUUUAAUAUACAUUGUUUAUUGAAUUGAACAAGUGGAAAUUUGGAUUUUCUCUUGUUCGCUUUCACAUAUGUAUAUACUUUCUAUAAGUUUCGCCAUAUUGUUUGCUACACUACCGCCUUCUAAAGUAAAAAGGAGUUCGGGGUUAGAAUCAAAGUAUUAAUACUUCGUUUGAUUCUCUUAAUGUCCCUGUGUGUUUUUCUUGUUCGAGUGACUUUACACAGUUCCAUCAUUUAUUAAGUCCUACUCAUAAAGCGCAAACAAACUACGUAGGUUUCAUAGUGUUUACAUAAAAAUUAUCAGUAUAUUUUCGUAUACCACUAAUAACCGACAUUCAAUCAAGAAUUUUGGAACAUGGCUGCUGCUGCUGCUGCUGCUCUGCUCGAUGAGCUUAUGGGAAGGAAUAGAAAUGUUCUUCCCAAUGAAAAACCCAAAGAACUUAAUUGGGAAGAUCCUGAGUUUUGUAAAUUGUAUUUAGUUAAAUUUUGCCCUCAUGAUUUAUUUGUUAAUACGAGAGCUGAUUUGGGUGCGUGUUCUCGAGUGCAUGAUGACGAAGCUAGAGAAUUAUUCGAAAAAGCUCCCUACUCGUAUCGAAAACAACAAUACGAGGAUGAAUUUAUUAGAUUUUGUCAAAGCAUGUUGAAUGAAGUUGAAAGAAAAAUAAUAAAGGGAAAACAACGAUUAGCCCUUAUUGGAAGAACAGAAGCGCCUACCUUGACACCAGCGCAAACUCAAAGAAAUGAAGAACAAAUUGCACUUUUAACUGAAAAAAUCAAUAAACUAGUAGAAGAAGCAGAGCAAAGCGGAAUACAAGGCAAUGUGGAACAGGCUCAAGGCCUAAUGAGACUAUGCGAUCAAUUAAAAGAAGAACGAGAAACGUUACGAAAGUCUAAUGACAAUAGUCAUUACAAUCAGACUGCUGAAUUAGCUGCUGCACAAGAAAAACAGAUGGAGGUAUGUGAUGUAUGUGGUGCAUUUCUUAUUGUUGGUGAUGCUCAACAACGAAUUGAUGAUCACCUAAUGGGUAAACAACAUGUUGGCUAUGCUAGGUUAAAAAGCGCUCUUCAAGAAAUUAUGAGUAAACGUGAAAAAGCCAGAGAUGAAAAGGAGCAAAGGAGGGAAGAGGAUAGAAAACAAAGAGCACGUGCAAAUGAAGAACUUGACAGGCGACGAAGAGAUGAUAGGGAUAGGGAUAGAGAAAGAGAUAAACGUCGUAGGCGUGAUGAUGAUAAAGGCAGACAUGACUCAAGCAGUCACAGGUAUCAUAGCACUCACACGUUAAUUUAUUACAUUAAAUUAUUAAAGUAUAAUAAUUUCAUAUUGUUAAUUAUGUGCAGAAAUUCAGGACACAGAAGUAGAAGCAGAUCAAGAGACAAACAUGACAGACAUCGAGAUGAUGAUCACCGACGUCAUGCUCGAGAUAAAGGAAGUCGUGAUCAUCGAAGCUCGAGUCAUCACAACCGGCGUCGCCAUCGAUCUAGAAGUCGAAGUCACAAGUAACUACUCUUGAUUGGUUAGUGAGUGAGAAGUAAGCCAGGUAUGCACUAAACAAUAUAUCAUAUUCGUCU